CAUGGACACAGCAGAGUUCCGGCGUAGGGGGAAGGAGAUGGUGGACUAUGUGGCCGACUACCUGGAAAACGUGGAGCAGCGACCGGUCUACCCAGAUGUGGAACCAGGGUACCUCCGUUCUCUGAUCCCCGCUGAGGCCCCUCUGGAGCCUGAGACAUAUGAUGAUAUAAUGACAGACGUGGAGAGGGUCAUAAUGCCAGGGAUCACUCACUGGCACAGCCCAUACUUCUAUGCCUACUUUGCAGCUGCUUCCUCUUACCCUGCCAUGUUGGCUGACAUGCUGAGUGCAGCUAUUGGAUGCAUUGGAUUUUCCUGGGCUGCCAGCCCAGCAUGUACAGAGCUGGAGACAGUGAUGUUGGAUUGGCUGGGCAAGAUGCUGAACCUGCCUGAGGAUUUUAUCGCUGGGACAGAAGGCCAAGGAGGAGGAGUCAUCCAG